AUGGAGGCGGACGUUGAGAGCGGCGCGGGAGAGAGGAAGCAUGCGCGGCGGCAGCAGCAGCAGCAGCAGCAGCAGAAGCAGCAGCAGAAGCAGCAGCAGAGGCUAUCUCACGUGCAGCAGCAGCAGCAGCAGCAGCGCCACAGAGAUGUUUUGUGUGCGCUGCUGUACACCGCAGGUGUAUUGACAGCCCCCACCAUAGACAGCUGCUUCUUUAUGCCUUGCAGCAGCAGAGCGGGAGCUGCUGAAGCUGCUCACCAACAGCUGCAAGAACAGCAACGCAUGGAGCUGUCGCUGCAGUGA